CGGUUUUAUAAACAACGCCUAUUUUGCUGCGAACGUCAAAGGUGGUAGCGUCGUCCCAAAGAAGCAAACUCCAUCAUGGCAGUACCUCGCUACUUGGCGCUUGCGGUUUUGGCGGUUUUUGCUUCUCACCAAGUUGAGGCAAAAAGCUUGAAGGAAAUACAUGAACUUCUCACUCCCGAGGAAAGAGAUCGUGUUUUCAGCGGACCCUUCCCAAACUACAAUGAGAUCAAUUAUGAGGUCACCCACCCCACCCAGGUGGACGCCGAUGGAAACUACCUAUCAAGUGAUCUGUCACAUGGAAACCAAGGGCGCAAGCGAACCCUGGACAGCGGAGGCUCCCCUGAGCCGGCGUUCUUUCGCGUGCCUGCUUUUGGCAAAGAACUACAUGUGCGAGCUGCGCUUAACUCUGACCUUUUCGCGCCAAAUUUCGCCGUGCACGUGAUUGGAAAGGAUGGCUUGAGAGUAAAUGACGAGCCUGUCGACCAUUGUCACUAUGUUGGACACGUGUUGUCAUCCGCGAAUUCCAAGGCGGCGUUCAGCAACUGCGACGGACUGUCGGGCGUGGUUCAGAGUGACGAUCACGGCCUUCUCGUGAUCAACCCGCUGCCGGAAAGACUGGGCCUCAACAAGGACGACAUCCGCGCGCACGUGAUCUAUAGAAGGGACCCACGUGAUAUGACAACCAUGGCACGUGAUAUCGACAUUCCUUUAAAGAAGAGCAAGUUGUGCGGGGUGGAAGACCCACCUAUCGAUAAGCGAGAAGUGUUGAGUGACGAGUCCAGCUCAUGUGUCCACAUGGCUGGCACGAGAUACAUCGAGACGCUCGUGGUGGCAGACUACAACAUGGCGGCCUUCCAUGGGACGACCAAACUGAACAUAUAUGUGCCGACCAUUCUCAACGUGGCGUACAGUCUAAUUGGUGACAAUUCAAUCGGUGCAGACAUCAAGUACAAGAUAAAGAAACUUCAGAUACACGAAGUGGAAAAUGCGAAUGGACUAGUUAUUAGCACAAGCUCGAGUACCACACUCUCCAACUUCUGCCAAUGGAGCAAAGGCCAGAAUGUGGGCGACGACACCAAUCAAGACCACUUUGACCACGCUACGCUCAUCGCAAGGAAAAGCUUUGUCAAAGCCGAUGGAAGCUCAGUCUUGGGUCUAGCCAGCUUGAAAGGCAUGUGUAACCCUGAUCUCAGCUGCACCAUCAAUCAAGACAUGGGCCUGGGGUCCGCCUUCACCAUAGCACACGAGACAGGCCACAACUUGGGCGCUAAGCAUGACGGGGCUACAAACACGUGUCCUAGCAACGCGAACAUAAUGGCAACCUCAGCAAGCGGCCAGUCCACCGCCUUCGAAUGGUCCGCGUGUAGCUGCAAAUACGUCACGGAUUUUCUCAAGGAUACCACUUUAUCGAGCUGCCUGAAUGACUCGCCGGUGAAGCUGGCACCAUUACCAACAAACACCCAGCUUCCUGGUCAGAUCUAUGACCGUGAUGAGCAGUGCAAGAUGAUGAUACCAGGAUCCACGGGUUUUUGUACCAGUAAGGAGUCGGUGAUCUGCACACAGUUAUGGUGCACCAAGACAGAUUUGAGUUGUACCACUAAAGUUGAGCCCGCUGUGGACGGAACAAUAUGCGGAACAAAAAAGUGGUGCAGGCGCGGGGCCUGCGUGGAUUAUGGCAGCGAGGGUCCCCAGGCUAUUGACGGGGGGUACAGCGCGUGGAGUAACUGGGGGGCCUGCUCACACACGUGCGGGGGAGGGGUGAUCAAAAGAACACGUCAGUGCAACAGCCCUACUCCACAGCACGGUGGUAAACAAUGCUCUGGGUCAGCGGCGGAAUACAAGUACUGCAACACAGCAGCCUGCGCGGCCAACGCGGAGCAUACGCGCACCUCCCAGUGCAAGCAGAAGGGCAACUCCGUAGUGUUUAGCGACGGAAUGACGUACGAAUGGCGCUACGACAGCACAGUUUUCCCGCCGUCAGUUGACGCUGAGAGAUGCUUGCUGAAAUGCGUGACCGGUGACUCGUCUUCGGGUUACAAGACGUACACGUUCGGCAAGGUUUCGGACGGCACUCGGUGUGAUGGCGCUGGAUUUCCGGGAAUGUGUAUCAAUGGUGGAACCUGUGAGCGACUUGGUUGCGAUAAUGUUCUCGGUUCCUCUGCGGUGGAGGAUCGCUGCGGAACUUGUAAUGGCGACGGGUCAGGAUGUUCUUGGAGUAACCACACCUUUACCAAGAGUCCUGACCAGAAUGGAGAUUAUCUCCAGGAUGUUGGUGCAACAAUUCCUGCUGGCGCGAAAAACAUCCACAUUUCCGAGGACAGCGGGCUGAAAAAUGUCCUUGCUCUUGCUGCAAGUGGAGGCCAGCAGUUUAACACUAACAUGAACAGUCUCAGCUACUAUCCCUAUACCUUCACCAUGGCCGGGACUCAGUUCAAGUACGAAAGCAACAGUGCCGGUCUAGACAAGUUCACCGCUAAAGGACCCCUGACUGAGAGCGUCUCCCUUAAGUUCUUGGUUGCUGACUGGAACGCGGAAUAUAAGGUAUCAGUCGCGUACCUCGUCAGCAACAGUGCAGUGAGCGUCAGGGAAGCCAAGCCUUUCGUCUGGAACAUUCGAUGUUCAGUCACUUGUGGAGAAGGCACGACUGAGGCCGUUUGUACUCGCGCUGACGACGAGUCACCGGUGGCUGAUCAACUCUGUCCAAAAGAAAAACCCGGUCCCAAGAAGUGCGGUAUGACACCGUGUCCGGCACAGCAGGGCAUGCCCAGCCCUCCACGGAUAUAGGCCCUAUCCGCCGCCAUACUGUCGAAGUAGUGUCUCGUAGAAAAAACAAAAGCAAAAAAAAAACAUUUGUUUCGCAGUGCAUGUAGUCUGUAGUCUGGAUGCUUAUCUACUGUGCAUGUGUUCAUAGGUGAUUAUGGUGUCUGGGCUCGGCGGUUACAUAUACUUUGGCAAAACAAAGCCAAGGGUUAGUGUUAAUGUUUAUUUGGGGAUUUCUGGAUGUAACAUUGUUGUAUUCUUUUAAUGGAGGGUUGACCUGAAAGGUGGACAUCAUCUUACUCGACUCGUCCAAAUACGGCUGCGGCAUGACUUAGUCAUCCAAACAAAAAUAUGUAAAAUGAUUAUUUAUAAUGCAACGGUGGAAAGUGGGUAUCUAGAUAUAAAUAAUGGUAUGUUCCCGUAUUAAAGCAACAUCACAUCAUA